AUGAAUCCAAGCAAAGUAGAAGAAGAUCUGUUCCACCAUCAUCUGGACCCACACCAAAUCAUACACCAUCAAAAUCAAUCACAGCCCUCCAUUCUCGAUCACCUCCGCCACCGUGAAGUGGAAGAGCCCUUCUCUUUCCCUACGAUCUCCGAAAUCGUCCUUUUCCGAGAAGACGACGACGACAACGACAGUCACACCUCCUCCGACGCCGAUGAAACCUCCAAACUCCCAUCCCCAGACGACGCCGUUAUGUCAAACCCUAACCCCAACCCUCACCCACCGGCGUACAUCAACCCCGAGCCCCAUAUUUCCACCCAAUUCUACACUUUCAACAAGGAAUCGCAUGCCCUAAUGAUUCGUUGCAUUCUAGAGGGACGCCUCGCGACUUCCGAUGAGAUUCGAACGGCCACGCCACCGGCGGUGCUGUCGAGCUGGCGUUCUGUGUGGAAGGAUCGCAACGAGGACACGGCCUACCUCACCGCGUGGAAGCGUAUUCAGGACAAACUCAAUGUCCAUAUCGACCCUCACGGUAAUGAAUUCUUGUGUUUCAAGAACAAUUCCAGUCAAUUUGUAUCUCACAUUGAUCAAUGGCAAGAUAUAGUAAUGAGUUUUCAUGGAGAUGCUGAUUUAAAACAUUUAGGGCUUAAAGAAACUAUUGAGAGAAUUAAGCAAGUUUGGACUGUAGGUGCCAAGUUUUAUGGAAUUCCCGAAUCUUUCAUUAGGGGUUGUGUCGGGGCGUGCUCCGUGUGCUCAGAUGAUUCAUCAGGGUCCUUGUCACGUACAAAAAGACGGCGGUUUGAGUACACGGAAUCUUUUGAUGUGCCAGCAAAGGAGGUGCCUGUUAGAUUGCAACAAUUGGCGACUAAACAUAAGGUUGUGCUGUGUAUAAGGCAGAAGUAUAUUAGGUAUAAGCCAUUUAUGGCUGAGGUUAAAGAUUACGCGUGUCAUAGGGCAGGGGAGCCUGCGUCAAGUAAGAAAUCCAAGAUUUUGAAGAGGGAGCCCUACACGUCGAAGAGGUGUGGAUGCGGGUUUAGGAUACGGGCCAUUGUGCCUAUCUCAAAUUAUAAUGAGAAGGACAAGACUUUUGUGUAUCAAGAAGAGGGUAUGGCAGUGUUUAAGUUGUAUGCAGUGCAUUCAGGACAUGAACCGGGGCCGUUAGAUGGGAAUGCACGGAUUAUGCAUCGGGUUGUUGGUCAUAAAAAUGGGGUUUUGAUGGAUCAAAAAGCAGCCUGCGUGAUGAGUGAGGAAGCAGAAAAUGAGGGUUUUGGUUUCUUGGAGAAAGACGAUGGGGAUUUGCAGCAUUCGGUUUUGCACCAAGUGCAGGAAUUGAGAAAUGAAGUUGGGUUGCUUGAACGGAGAAUUGGUAAAAUCCCUCACGAGCUAUUGGGUUCAGUGUCACUAGAGUUAUUUGAUGUUGUGAAUAAACUUAGAAAUAUAGGAGAAUAUGGAAAGAAUCCUGUUGGGUUGCUCUUGGAGAAGUCACAUUCAGAUGGUGUCUUCGUGGGGGAGAAUGAUCUGGCAGAUUGGAGUGAUCAUCACCAUCAGAGUGUAUAUGGGGAUGGUCAUGCCGAAUUGAUUGAUGAAGAUGGAGACAGUUUUCGGCGAACAUUGGGGGAUGUUGCUUCUUGGGAUCAGAUGAGGGAAGAAUGUCGGAGUGAGAGGGAUCUGCUGGGUGAGACUUGUAAACCUGAGAAAUGGUUGAAAUGCGGUCAGUUUGACGAGAAGAGUAUUCUUGACUGUGAGGAUUCUAAACUAACAAAGCCCUUAAGGCAUGAUGAAACAAUAGAAACAGAUGUAGGUCUUGUUGGAAUACAGGUGGACAGCUUUUACCAUGAAAAUUCUAAAUGGUAUGAUUCUCCUUGUGGUUUGGACUCUGGCGCAGAUUGCGGUGACAGCGGAGUCAGGCAUGGGGGGAUCGUGUAG